CUUGUAUCUGUGUUUAGGAAAUGAAGAGUAGACAUAGUGUUAAAGUAUCUGUAAAAUGGAUACCCAUUUUCUCAAUUGCUUUCUUCUUCAUUGGUAUGCUAUUUUCUAACAGAUUGUGGUCUCAAAGUGAAUCUGGGAGUCAGCUAAUAGCUCAGCAUAGAAGGGACCAAGAACUUCAAGUUGUUUCUGAGGAUUGUAAUGACAAAAAGAAGAAACAAGGACAAGAUAAGGAUGUAAUGCAAGAGGUGUACAAAACCCAUGAAGCAAUUCAAUCAUUGGACAAGUCAAUUGCUAUGCUUCAGAUGGAGUUGGCAGCCACUAGGAGUACACAAGAGACAAAGGUGGUUGAUCAGUCUUCCAACUCUUCGAAUGGCCCUCCAAGGAAGAAAGUUUUUGUGGUAAUUGGAAUUAAUACUGCUUUUAGCAGUAGGAAGAGGCGGGAUUCGGUUAGAGAAACUUGGAUGCCUCAAGGGGACAAGCUUCUCAGAAUGGAGAAAGAGAAGGGAAUUGUUGUCCGCUUCAUGAUUGGUCACAGUGCAACAUCUAAGAGCAUACUGGAUCGUGCUAUUGAUUCUGAAGAAGCUCAACAUAAAGACUUCCUCAGGCUGGAGCAUGUUGAAGGAUAUCACGAGCUCUCUGCCAAAACUAAGAUUUUCUUUUCUACUGCUGUUGCAAAAUGGGAUGCUGAUUUCUACGUCAAGGUUGAUGAUGACGUCCACGUCAAUUUGGGCAUGCUAGCUGCAACUCUAGCUCGUCAUCGGUCGAAGCCCAGAAUUUACAUUGGGUGUAUGAAAUCUGGACCUGUUCUCGCUCAAAAGACUGUUAAGUACCACGAGCCAGAGUACUGGAAAUUUGGAGAAGAUGGAAAUAAAUACUUCCGACAUGCAACUGGUCAGAUCUAUGCUAUCUCCAAGGACUUGGCCACAUACAUAUCAAUCAAUCAGCCUAUAUUGCACAAGUAUGCCAAUGAAGACGUGUCACUAGGGUCUUGGUUUAUCGGUCUUGAAGUUGAGCACAUUGAUGAACGCACUAUGUGCUGUGGAACUCCACCAGAUUGUGACUGGAAAGCUGAGGCAGGUAAUGUAUGUGUUGCCUCCUUUGACUGGAGCUGCAGUGGAAUUUGUAAAUCAGUAGAGAAGCUAAAAUAUGUCCACGAAAAGUGCGGGGAAGGGGAAGAAGCUCUUUGGAAUGCUCUCUUCUGAUUUUGCUUGACAAAUAGAGGGUUGAUGAUUCUUGCUGAGACAUAGCUGUCGGACGAUAUCCAUCUGGCUGGCUGUUUUUGAUUGCCAAAAUUUUCCACCGAAAACGUUUAGUCCAGCAGUUUGUAUAAUAUGAAACUGUUAGAUUGAAAAGAGCAUGUUUGUUGUAGAAUAUAUCCUUUUUGCUAAUUCCUUUCAGCAUAUGAGGAGGACCGUUAGAUGUGUACUCACAUUCUUUAUGGUGGAGCUAAUGUAAUUGUGGUGGUGGUGAGGUUCAGCUGUUGUUUUCUUAUUUGGUGCUUAUUCUA